AUGAUUGACACAGACCCUUCUGCCCUUCCACAAGCCGACGCCCCCGCCUUCCCUCCUCUUCCGGCAUCUGCCCAGCGUUCCGCCCUCAAGUCGGAGAUCCGCAGGAUACCCAUACCACCACACCGCAUGACGCCGCUGAAAAAGGACUGGGUGAACAUAUUCUCACCGUUGACGGAGAUGCUACAACUGCAAGUGCGGAUGAACGUGCAGCGGAAAUGUGUGGAGAUUCGAACGUCGAAGCAUACAAAAGACAUUGGCGCAAUUCAAAAGGGUGCUGACUUCGUGAAGGCGUAUGCGUUAGGUUUCGACGUUAACGACGCUAUCGCCCUGUUGCGUUUGGAUGACUUAUACCUUGAUUCCUUUGAGAUCAAGGAUGUUAAGACUCUCCACGGUGAUCACUUAUCUCGUGCUAUCGGUCGCAUCGCUGGUCAGGAUGGGAAGACCAAAUUCACCAUCGAGAACGCUAGCCGCACUCGCAUUGUUCUUGCCGAUACCAAAAUUCAUAUCCUGGGCUCGUUCCAGAACAUCAAAAUUGCCCGAGACGCCAUCGUCUCUCUCAUCUUGGGUUCGCCUCCCGGGAAGGUAUAUGCCGGCCUCCGGACGGUCAGUGCACGGAUGCGCCAGAGGGCGCUCUGA